UUUGCUAAGUAACACACAUGGUAACUGACAUAAACAACCAUGUAGCCGGUAGUUUAUAUUCUGUCAUCUCCACGGACAACAAGUGACAAGAAUGGAGCUGGUGUGGGAGGACGAUCCAGUCCCUGAAGCGCCUUUCUUUUCCAGAGAUCUCUAUGACAAGUAUUCCCUCGCACCCACUAUUAGAGAAUUGUGGGCCUUCCUCCAAAGCCCUGAAGAGAAUGCCAGCAUAAAACAGGAGUGUGAUGUCGGGGCUGUGAAAGCCUCCUGCUCUCCUUCCAAAGAAGAAGCUGCAGAGUUAAAAGACAAUAGUUGCAUCAGCAGCCAAGCGUCCUGUUGGGACAGCUGUGAUAGUGAUGAUGCAUGUGCAGACAGUGCUGCUGAAAGCACAAACGAGUGUAAGGACGCCAAAAACUCAAGAAAAACAGUGAAGCAGAAGAAGACUAAAGCCAGUGCUGCUUAUCCUGAACCCAGGCUGCCCUUCCCAUGUAUGUCCUGCCUUUCCAGCAACGAACAAAAGACAUAUGUUGACUUUUUGACGAGUAAGCAAACCAGGGUCAUUUCACAGAACUUACAGACACGAGUAAACAACGAAGUGAUGCAGUUCACGAGGUACCUGCAAGAUGUGUCGAGACUAUGUGCCGACGACUACAACUUCAUAACACAGGGAGCCAUGCAGUAUUCAGAGGAGGUCCUCAGGAACUGUUUAGAAUGCAUGAAAACACUUCCUGAGCUCUACCAGAUCCAGGAGAUGACCAGUUUGACAGGAGGGACAUUCAAUCCAGGCCUAAAUCUGACCUUUGAAAAACAGCUGCUGACCAUGGGCGAUGUGACUAUUACAGACCACACAAUAGUGCCCGCUGAUACACCGCUUGCAUCGGAUUAUCAGAGUGUUUCAUCAGAGAAUCCUCCAGCUAAAAAAGCUAAGGACAUGCACGCUACGAUCAGUAAUGAUGGGAAUGCUGAGAAGCUGUGUGCCUGUUAUGAGCCUCACGUCUGUCUGACUAGAGAUGCUUUGUUCACGCUGCUAAACAACAACGGCCCUGACUUUGCGGAACAAUGGGAACUGCCUGUGUGGGUAAAAUUAAACCCAGGAAAAGGUAGUCAGAGGAAGGCUGUGUACAUAGAUUCGCCUCUUCUGAAGACUGAAAUGACAGUGAGAGAGAGGAGUCAUAUCUACCACGAGGAGAGUCUGAAGCUCGCCAUCAUUAGUAACGGAAGUAAAAAUGUCUUCCAUUUAAUGACGGAGCUUCCUGCGAGUGAGCAGCAGAUUUCAUCGGAGAGCUCCAAAAGAAAUUUGGUGUCUUUUGAAGACAAUGGUCUUGACUUUGAGGUCGACCUCACUGACCUGGAGACGUUUGGAGAGAAAACAGCCACGAAAACCUCGAUGAAGGUGGAGAAAGAGCAGGAUGGAUGUGCACAAAGUAAAAAUGCUUCAAGUUACCCGCUUUUAAAUGAGACUAAAAGGUUGAGUGAACAUCUUGUGAGUGCGAGCAGCAGUUCACAACAGGAGACGAAGAGCUCUUUGAUCCACAUGGAUGAUUCUGUAACUGAACCUGCUCAACCAGUAGUGAGUGAGACCACUGUGCCAAAGACUGAACCAAUGAGCCAGGACUCUGCCCAAGAGACUGAUGAAGACAUGGCUUUUACCGGAGACUCAGAUGAUGAGAAGCUGGUCAUUGAUGAUUCUGUGUCUUCAGGAUUAACACCUGCAAAAAAAACUACUGCAAACCCCACCUCUGAGUCUGCACCUGUAAAGUCGGAGCCAUCUUCCCCUCAUAAAGGUGCAAGAUGCAGGCCACAAACGAAAAGAACAAAGGUCGUUGGGGACCAGCUCGGUGAGAUUCUGCGCAUGCAGACAGCCAUGUUCAAGUCUGCCACCGACACAACCAAAAGCUCCACUGAGUCACCCAGCCGAUGUGUUGGAUCCUUGGUUCCCUCUCAUCCGACAUCCCUGGUUAAACCCUGUGUGUCCUCAUAUUUGGAGAGAAACCAGAACGAGGAUGAGGAGACCUGUGGGGUUCCUCGCGAACCGUCAGUUGUCAACAUAAAAACAGAGCACAAAAAAAUACUUUCACAAGACCUGCAGGCCAGUGCAGAGGACGAACAGGAUUACGAGGCUCCAGCAGAGGGCAACGUGUUGUACAAGCUCUACAGCCUGCAAGAUUUGUUACUGAUGGUGCGCAGCUCCGUUUCUCUGGCUCAUACAAGAAGAGUAGGCAACAACCAAAACAAGUUUGUGCCAGUGUACGUCUUACCUAAGCUGGAGUACCAACUGAGUUAUGGUGUUGAGUGUCUAACCAGCAGUGAGGCCUGCCAGCUGUGGACAGAGACCCUGCUCCACUCCAGCACAGCACCCCACAUAGCUCACAUCAAUGCGCACACAUCAAAAGUGGCGCUCCAGCGAAAGCUGCCUGACGACUGGAAGCAGAACAUCUCCUGUGGGUUCAAGCCUUCCAAGUCACUGAAUAUACUGCACCACCUACUGAAAAAGCUAACUGGGUUAGAAGAAGGACAGUACCUGAUUGUGCACCAAGCAGGGCAGCCAUUUGUGACCAUAUACAAGGCAGCUGAUGGAAAAGUGAGUCGGGGGGCGUACAACCUGCAGCAGGUCCACAGCUCCGUUCCACAACCCCCAACCUCCGGCCAAGUGCCCUGGAUACCCGUAAAUCCAGUCGAGGUCCUUCCCUUCCACAAGAAACACGGCCGGGCCCCCUGCACCUUUCCACCAAAAAUCUUCCAAAAGACAACACACCAGUCUAACAACCAUGGAGCUGGACAGAAGAACAACUUGAAUGCAAAAGGAAAGAAAAACAAAAAGAAACGUGCGGCCAGGCGUAACAAAUAUAUAAAAAAUCUAAUUCAGAAGUCUGUUUAAAGUCUUUCAUCAUAUGUGAUAAUUUUAUGUUCAUAUUUAAUAUCACAGAUUAAGUCAGAGGAGCUGGAGCUGUGUUGGAAAGGAAAGGGCAUAACUUUUAGGUUUCACAUCAGAAAUACAGUAUAUCCUUAAAUAUGAAUGUGAAUACUGAAGCACUUUUGCAGCAUAGAAUCUGUCAUUUUUUAUGUUUGUGUUUUGCUCAAAGACAUUUUGUAUAUUUUGUGAUGUUUUUUGUAAAACAGGAGCAACAAUAAAGUUUUGAGUGUUCAUUCAGGAGUGUGGUGUAUGUCUGUAAUAUGCAGAU